UGCAGGGGGAGGGAUGCGUUUCUGGAUAGCGGGUGACUCGCAGCCCCCUUCCACCGGAGGAAGGGCCCAGCCCACAGGUCCCCAGGAUCCUUCUCUUCCCGUUUGGAGCACGACCUCUCUGGCCCCUCCGAGGUCUCCAAGGCGACACCAAGCGCGCUCCACAACAGGAAGACUUAAGGCCGUGCUGCUCCUUACUCGGAGACCCCAAAGUUCCCAGCCUCGAUGUAGGAAAUGACGAGUUUUGGGGUCACACGCAAAGCUGGUGGCCGGACAAACACCCGCACGUAUUCAGCGCAAGAUCCCAGAGUCCAAGUUUCAGUCCUCUGUGCCUCCCUCUGCUUCGUUGCUGCUACCCGGCCCUGCCUCAGUCCGCUAUGGCUCUCGGGGGCGUCCUGCGUACCCUGCCUGUGCUCCUAGCCCUACUCGGGACUCUGCUCCCAGGACCUGGAGAAGCCCAAACAUUUGUAUCUCCCUCAAAAGCCAUCUUACCCCGAGGAGGCUCCCUGCAAAUAAAUUGCAGUUCCUCCUGUGACCAGAAAGCCACCAUGGGCCUGGAGACUCCAUUGACUAAAAGACUAGUGGCCCAUGGUGACAACUGGAUAGUCUAUGAACUGAACGACGUGGGAAUGGAUAGCAAACCAAUAUGCUUUUCAAACUGCAACAAUAACCAGUCAUCAGUUGGAGCCUCCCUCACUGUUUACUGGUACCCAGACAAGGUAGAACUGGCACCCCUGCCCUCCUGGCAACCCGUGGGUGAGAAGCUCACCCUGAGCUGCCAGGUGUCUGGCGGGGCACCCCGGGACUACCUGUCUGCAGUGCUGCUCCGUGGGGAUGAGGUGCUGAGCAGGCAGCAGGUGGAUAGGGAGCCCACCAAGGUCAUGGCCACAUUGCUGGUGGGCAGAAGUGACCACCGAGUCAAUUUCUCGUGCCGCUCAGAACUAGAUCUGCGAACCCAAGGGCUGGGACUUCUCAAGAACACCUCAGCCCCCCAUCAGCUCCAAACCUUUGUCCUGCCAUCGACUCUCCCGAAACUUGUCACCCCUGGGUUCCUGGAGAUAGGCACAGAGGGGACCGUGGACUGCUCUCUGGAUGGGUUGUUCCCAGUCUUAGAGGCCCAGGUUCACUUGGCACUAGGGGACCAGAGGCUGAACCCCACAAUCACAUACAAGAAUGAGUCCCUGUUGGCCAAGGCGUUUGUCAAAUCAAAUGCAGAAGAGGAGGGCUCCCAGCAGCUGACAUGUGCUGUGAUACUGGGGAACCAGAGCCGGCAGAUUAGCCAGAGAGUGACCAUCUACAGCUUCCCUGAGCCUAACCUGACUCUGAGCAAAGCAGAGGUUUCAGAAGGAACUGAGGUGAUGGUGCAUUGCGAGGCCCACCCUGGAGCUGUGGUGACGCUUAGUGGGGCUCCAGCUGAGCCAUUAGGCUGGUGGGCCCAAUUCUUGCUUAAUGCCAGCGCUGAGGACAACAGGCGCACCUUCUCCUGCCAUGCUACCAUGAAAGUGGAUGGGCAGAUGCUAAACAAGACCCAGACCCGGGAGCUCCGUGUCUUGUAUGGUCCCCGAAUGGACGAGACGGACUGCCCAGGAAACUGGACAUGGGAAGAAGGUUCCCAGCAGACUCUGAGAUGCCAGGCAUGGGGGAACCCAUCCCCUCAACUGAACUGUUCCCGUAAAGGGGAUGGAGUUUUGCUGCCCAUUGGGAACCUAAGUUAUAUCACACGUAAUCUUACAGGCACCUAUAUCUGUCGGGCUGUGAGCACGCGUGGAGAGGUUACUCGUGAGGUGUUCAUCAAGGUGCUCUACUCAGACCACCAGACUUCAGUGGUCAUCAUUCUGGUGACAGCCAUGAUCGUUUUGGUUGCUAUGGGCAUCGCGGCUUUCCUUUAUAAUCGCCAGCGGAAGAUUAAGAAAUACAAGCUACCGAAAGCCCAGAAGGUGGCCUCCAUGAAGCUGAACACACAAGCCACACCACCCUGAGCCCAUCCCAGGACAGGACCUCCUCAUUGGGCCCCCAUAUGGUAAACAGAGUGGUGGACACAUGCCGUGCCAGAGGACAGGACAGCAGCCUCAGUCAGACACAGACAGCAUUUGGGGUCACAGCAUCUGCACACCUAAGACCUUCAGGCCUUAUGCCAGACCUGUAGGCACAGCACUGAGCCAAGAGGGAGUAAGAAUCAAGAUACAAUUGUGAGGAAUAUCAGAGUCUAACCUGGCUAGAGUGGGAAUGAUGAGAGACAGAUACUCCCAACAUGGAGACAUAUACUCAAGAAAUACUGAAACUUACUGCCUGCUGUGUACACCGCAGGUGUACACUCUUCCUUGAGACCCCACAGCCUCAAGAAAGAAGUGGACCUAAACAGACAUGUGCAGUAUGGAAACACAAAUGCCCACAUAGACGGAUACCAACUGUGGUGCUGCUGUCUACUGCUGUCCUCAACUUUUUUUUUUUUUUUUUGAGACAGAGUAUCACUUUGUCACCAUGGUGUCAUUGCUCACAGCAACCUCAAACUCUUGAGUUCAAGUGAUCCUCCCAAGUACUGGGACUAUAGGUGCCCACCAUAACACCUGGUUAUUUUUAGAGACAGGGGUCUUACUCUGGCUCAGGCUGGUCUAUAAACUGUGGGCUCAGGAAAUCCACCUGCCUUGGCCUCCCAAGUGCUGGAAUUAUAGGCAUGAACCACUGCACCCGGCCUUGUCCUCAACUCUUGAUGAUGACAUAUUUAUCCAUUUGUGAUUUUGCCAGCUAUUUAUUAUCUUUUAUAUAGGUUAGUUUGGUGAAUAAGAUGAAUAUAUGUUCCUGCCUUCAUGGAGCUCCUAAUCUAAUCUCAUUCAGGGUCACCAGGUACAGUUGAACAGGCUAUGCACUGCACAAAAAGACCAAUUUCACACUUCAUUGGCCAAGCUGAGUUUUCUUUCUGGCACAAAGCACUGUAAGAACUAGCAAUGCUUACAUGCUCAGGGACCACCAGUGAGUCCUUACAACCCCCCAGUCCCAACACUGGCACUGACCUUUGUUAGCCACCUUCCCACCCACUUGCAUCUCUGCUAGUGACACUCAAUGUCUAUGUCCAAACAUGGGCGUAUAUUCCUUGACAACUAAACCAUAGAGUCCCAUGAAACUAGGUCCAACCCCUGCGUGCCUCCUUGUCCUGCCUGUUUCCAUCUCAGCGAACAGAAUACUGUGUAGCUCCAAUUCCUAAAAUGAUCUGGGCCCUCCAAGCAGUAGGGAGAGGGGCCAAAGCCUUGAUGGACCCUUCCCACCUCUAGAAGACACCCCCACCUUUGUGCUAAUAAAGCUUUUAUAUCUGCCUCAAACUUGUGUGAAUUCAUGGG